ACUUUGACCUUCUUAAGAUGGCGUCUCGACCUUACUAUAGACACCACGCUCUCACGACUUCCGCUAUGGCCGCCAAUUCCGGUUCAAAGACCCAACAACUGUCUAAGGUUGUAACGGAACAUACGUUAAGAUAAUGAGCCUUUUCCCAUGACAGUAACUUCUAGAGAAAUAUAAAGAGAUUCUCCGUAGUGGAUAUUUUACGGGUUUCCCGCGUCAUAAGGCCCUCCGUGCCGCUUCUGGUGGUGAUGAAGCGGAGUUUUGAUCAGGCGGACGGCACGGACAGCCCGAUGUUGGCCGGGCUUCGGUGAGCGAGGGAAGACCCGAGAGUCGCGGUCUGCGCAAGAUGGCGACUGCGGCCGCAUCGUCUGCCUCCGAGCCGGAGGUUGAGCCCCAGGCCGGGCCUGAGGUCGAGGAAGAGGAGGAUGAGGCGAAGGCAGCCAGUGUGGAGAGGAAAGUGCUGUCCCGCGCUGUGGCCGCCGAGGCGGCCAAGACCAAGGAGCCAGGGUGGGACCUGCAGCAGGAAGGCGUGAGCGAGAGUGACGGAGAUGAGGAGGACGCCAUGGCUUCCUCCGCCGAGAGCUCCCCCGGGGAGGACGAGUGGGAGUACGAUGAGGAGGAGGAGAAAAACCAGCUGGAGAUCGAGCGGCUGGAGGAGCAGCUGUCCAUCAACGGCUAUGACUACAACUGCCACGUGGAGCUAAUCAGGCUGCUGCGGCUGGAAGGGGAGCUCAACAAAGUGAGGAUGGCCCGCCAGAAGAUGAGUGAGCUCUUCCCCUUGACUGAAGAACUCUGGUUGGAGUGGCUGCAUGAUGAGAUCAGCAUGGCCAUGGACGGCCUGGACCGCGAGCAUGUGUACGAGCUCUUCGAGAGAGCUGUGAAGGACUACAUCUGUCCAAACAUUUGGCUAGAAUAUGGCCAGUACUCCGUUGGUGGCAUUGGUCAGAAAGGUGGCCUCGAGAAGGUUCGCUCUGUGUUUGAAAGAGCCCUUUCGUCUGUUGGCUUACACAUGACCAAAGGCCUGGCCAUCUGGGAGGCUUACCGAGAGUUUGAAAGUGCCAUCAUGGAAGCUGCUCGGCUGGAGAAAGUCCACAGCCUCUUCCGGCGACAGCUGGCGAUCCCACUGUAUGAAAUGGAGGCCACCUUUGCAGAGUAUGAAGAGUGGUCGGAAGACCCCAUACCAGAACCUGUACUUCAGAGCUAUCAGAAGGCACUCGAGCAGCUGGAAAAAUACAAGCCCUACGAGGAAGCGCUGUUGCAAGCAGAGGCCCCCAGGCUGGCGGAAUACCAAGCAUACAUCGAUUUUGAGAUGAAAAUUGGGGAUCCUGCUCGUAUUCAGUUGAUCUUUGAGCGUGCCCUGGUGGAGAACUGCCUGGUCCCAGACUUAUGGAUCCGCUACAGUCGGUACCUAGAUCGGCAGCUGAAAGUAAAGGAUUUGGUUUUAUCUGUACACAGCCGUGCUGUGAGGAACUGCCCAUGGACAGUUGCCCUGUGGAGUCGGUACCUCUUGGCCAUGGAGAGACAUGGAGUGGACCAUCAAAUGAUUUCUGCAACCUUUGAGAAUGCUCUGAGUGCUGGCUUUAUCCAGGCCACUGACUAUGUGGAGAUUUGGCAAGUGUACCUAGACUACCUGAGGAGAAGGGUUGACUUCAGACAAGACUCUAGCAAGGAGCUGGAAGAGCUGCGGGCCAUGUUCACACGUGCUCUGGAGUACCUGCAGCAGGAGGUUGAGGAGCGUUUCAACGAGAGCGGAGAUCCAAGUUGCAUGAUCAUGCAGAGCUGGGCUCGAGUCGAGGCUCGCCUGUGCAAUAACAUGCAGAAAGCUCGAGAACUCUGGGACAGCAUUAUGACCAGAGGAAAUGCCAAGUAUGCCAACAUGUGGCUGGAGUAUUACAACCUGGAAAGGGCACAUGGUGACACGCAGCACUGUCGGAAGGCUCUGCACCGAGCUGUUCAGUGCACGAGUGACUACCCUGAGCAUGUCUGUGAAGUGUUGCUCACCAUGGAGAGGACAGAAGGAACCUUAGAAGAUUGGGAUGUGGCCAUUCAGAAAACCGAAACUCGCUUGGCUCGCGUGAAUGAGCAGAGGAUGAAGGCUGCAGAGAAGGAAGCAGCUCUUGUGCAGCAGGAAGAAGAAAGGGCUGAACAGCGGAAGAAGGUGCGGGCUGAGAAGAAAGCUCUGAAAAAGAAGAAAAAGACUCACAGUGCAGGCAAACGCAAGGCGGAUGAGGAGGAUGAGAGAGAGUGGGGCGAGGAGGAGGAGGAGGAAGAACAGCCUUCCAAACGUAGAAGGGUGGAGAAUAGCCUGGCUUCUGGAGUGGCUUCGGCCAUGGAGGAAGAAGCGGAUUCCUCUGGGAAAUGUGUAACGAUAGACGUUGCUCCUCCAUCCAAGCAGAAGGAGAAGGCAGCCUCCCUCAAGCUCGACAUGCCCAAGGUGGCUCAUGACAGCAGUAAGGACAGUGUCACCGUCUUUGUCAGCAACCUGCCCUACAGCAUGGAUGAGCCAGAGGUGAAGCUCAGGCCACUCUUUGAGGUCUGCGGGGAGGUGGUCCAGAUCAGGCCGGUCUUCAGCAACCGUGGGGACUUCCGGGGCUAUUGCUAUGUGGAGUUUAAAGAGGAGAAGUCAGCCCAGCAGGCUCUGGAGCUGGAUAGGAAGACUGUGGAAGGAAGGCCAAUGUUUGUCUCCCCUUGUGUGGAUAAGAGCAAAAACCCUGAUUUUAAGGUGUUCAGGUACAGCACCACCCUGGAGAAACACAAGCUUUUUAUCUCGGGCCUGCCCUUCUCCUGCACCAAAGAGGAACUCGAGGACAUUUGUAAGGCUCAUGGCACUGUGAAGGACCUCAGGCUGGUCACCAACAGGGCUGGGAAGCCAAAGGGCCUGGCCUAUGUGGAAUAUGAAAACGAGUCACAGGCAUCACAGGCGGUGAUGAAGAUGGAUGGCAUGACCAUCAAAGACAAUGUCAUUAAGGUCGCAAUCAGCAAUCCCCCUCAGCGGAAAGUUCCAGAGAAGCCAGAAGUGAGGACAGCACCGGGGGCCCCGAUGGUACCCCGACAGAUGUAUGGAGCGCGCGGAAAGGGAAGGACCCAGCUUUCUCUUCUUCCUCGGGCUCUGCAGCGCCACAGUGCUGCUCCUCAGGCUGAGAAUGGUCCUGCGGUAGGGCUGACAGUCGCCUCCUCCGUGGCCACUGAAGCUCCUAAGAUGUCUAAUGCUGACUUUGCGAAGUUGCUUCUGAGAAAGUGAAGAGGACUCUGAUAUAUGGAAAAUGCCUUACUUACUCCUUCAUGCUGGCCAGGAGGCCACCGUGGGCCCUGGAGACAGAAGGGCUGGGCACGCCUGUCUCCGACGGAUUCUCCUCUCAUGUAGACAGGAAGGAAAAGCCUACAUUGAGCGUGGUGGCGAGGAGUGUUCCCUCAUAUUGAGGGCGGAAGCCAACUGCUUUAUAGGCUGUUCCCAAGGUACUUCAGUGUCCUAACAAGGGGGGGCCUCGGCUUUUGACGCCCACUUGUCCUGAUACUUCACCACCUCUGGCCCGUUUUCUACGAAUUCCCCUUUGCCCCCCAGCCCUGCAGAGCACGAGUACCCAUCGCUCUUUAAGCCUAAAAGAUAAAAUGAAAGAUGCUUGUCACUCAUCAGAUGACCUCUUUAGUAAAGUGCAGGUGGGACAUUGCAGACAAUACAUUUGAUGGGCUUUUGUCCAAAGAGGCUGUGUUUUGUUUUGUUUUGUUUUGUUUUUUAUAAUGUAUCUGUAAUUGACACCUCAACUGUUUGAUGUUCCCUGAAGCGGGAUGUCUGUGACAUUUGUUCAUAGAGGAGCGUGUGUUCCACCUGCUGUGGGCCAUUUUCUUUGCCUGGUGACUGGGGGACCUGUGUCCUCUGUCCAGACACUUGUGUCUAAAUGCUAUGUCGAGCGCAUAGUUGACUUCCCCCACUUAGCUUUGUUUAUUAAAGUGAAGUUCUCUUAUCGAA